AUGGCGCCAGCCGCCUGCUCCCAGUCUGCACCGCGGCUCCCUCCCACACUGCAACGCACCGGAAAUGACCCACGCCGCCAGGGUCACCUGGUUUGCGCUGAGGGAGUGCCGCGCCGUCGGAGGGUCGGCGCUGAGGGAGUGCCGCACUGCCUCAUCUGCAAAAACCAACCGUUUACCUUACUAUGUCUAUUGUUGACUGUAAUCUGGUUCUGUUGCUUGCAUUACAGGACCUGUUUGCAUUGGGCUUGUAAACGUGGUCACACUCAGAUUGUAUCCUACCUACUUGAUGCUGGGGCUAAUAAAGAUAUUCUCACAAACAAAGGUGAAAGUGCAGCACAACUGACGAUGAAACGUGAACUCCGAGCCAUGUUAGGAGUUGAUGAGGAUUCAGAGCCCGUGAUUAAUGGAGAAUCAACUCUUCCGUUCCUGCCCAACUACCUGGCAAAUCCCUCCUUCCCGUAUGUGGAGAACCGGGAGUCCAAAAGCACGGAGGCUGCAGCUGCUGGCUCACUAACAGGCCGUAAACCGUCACUGACAUCACAGCAACAGAACACACUAGCAGCAGGACCCCCAGCAACUUUCCAGCCACUAUUCUUCACUGGAGCCUACCCUAUAAAUGAGCAAGGUAGGGAAAGGGACAGGCACUGUACACGUCACUGCCUGCCAGGCUCCACACUCAGUUCAACCGCUUCUGAUUACAACCUCUCCUUCCUUUUUUCUGAGCAGCAACUGUUGGAUAAAGAAGUUGCGAGGCUUCAGAAUUACCAAGAGCUGGAGUUUGUUUUACAGAAAGGUGACCCAGCCCUGAGCUCUGUGCCAGCGACUCUGACUGAGCGUCCUUGCUACAAUCAGGGGGCAGCAACAUUGACCUACUGAGACAUGGUGCCUGCUGUGCUUGGGACAGGCGUUAUUCCAGCACUCCAGAAACUCAAGACUGUCACUGUGUAUGAAAGGGCACAAGUUUUACUUCGCUGAAUGACUACACAAGUCGCUGCAAUGUCUGUAAAAGUUAAUCAUGAUGGUCACUAGCAUUACUUUUGGGGAUGAUUGAAAACCUUAAGCUGCCUCUCCUUGUGAUGAUAACAAAUGAAAACUAGUUCAUGUAUCAAAUGCACUCCCAUCCACCACUCACAUCUAGUCAAUCCACUCGAGCACUUCCACUGCGGCUAUCAGAGCACAACGUGCUGAAAUCAGCUGCUCCAGCCAGCCACUGUUUCCAAACAAGGAACUGUGGGUACCACAGACUUCCAUCAGUACUCCCGUGUCUCACUGAGCUGUUUGGAUGGGCCCCAACAGCAGGUUGAAAUGCCCUGUUAAACAAUCACGUUUGAAAGUAAACCCUGACCAUGUUGUUUCCUUAACCCUUGAGCAGUGGGAGAUAUAGUCCCUGACCCUUAGCCUAUCACACCCACCCAAUGUGCCUGGUGUUGACAGGAGUAGCCUGGGAUGAGGAGCCACUGGAACUGGUAGGCAGUAUAAUUCGAUUGUAGACAAGAAUCUAAUUCCAACUGUGUGGUUCAAAAGACCCAGCUCAGCAUUCUUGCUCCUUUACAUUUUUGCACCUCUCCAGGUAAUGCAAUCACUGCCCACUAUCAAAGCUCUGACCCUUUGGCCAUUCUCAUGUCUCAUCCUUGGAUAUUCUUCAAGUUAUGAAACACUGACCACUUUAUUUUUAAUCGUGAUCUUUCCUCUCCCACUUUGUCAGUGGCACAUGCUUCCUAUUCUCUCUUUUGUCUGCUGUUCCAUCCUCUCGAGUUUCUGCUAUUCACAAUAAGUCCCAGAGAAAAUUCCCAUUUCCCAACAGAUCCAGUGCUGACUCCAACAUCACUUGAAUAACCUAUGCAUUUAGAGAUUUGCUAUAUUUUAUAAAUGGCUUUUAUUCUUUAGAUAUUCUUGAGCACUUUUUCUAACCGUUAUAAUCAGGAAUUGAUCUAAUAAUCACUGUACAAUUAUCAAUAAAAGUAUUGCGUGCAGGUGCA